AUGGAUAUCAUAAAGGGAAACCUAGAUGAAAUUUCAAAACCAGUCUCAAGUUCGAGAGCACGUCCUGGGAGCAGAUGUUCAAAUGUUUCUCUGGAGGUGCUGUCGCCAGAACCAGGUUACUUCAAGAUUGAUACUGCAAGCAAAUUGAAUUCUGGUAAAGAGGACCACUCAGAAAUCAGUAAUAGAGAAGAAAGAAGAAAUAGUAGUGAUGCUAGAUGGGCAAACUACUCCGAGAAAAUAAAACUGGUCCAAGAAGGGUCAAGUGAAGAUCUGGACCUGGUUCAGCAUCCCAUAACCUCUGAGCGCUCAGAUGAUCCCAAAUUGAAAGAAAUAGAUUCUCAACUUCAAGAUGCUAUUCAUAAGAUGAACAGACUUGAUAAAAUAUUGGCAAAAAGACAACAUAGAGAAAAAGAAAUUAAGAAGCAAGGCCUAGAAAUGAGAAUAAAGCUGUGGGAAGAACUUAAGUCUGCAAAAAGCAGUAAAGGCUUGCAAAGUAGCGAGGAGAUGGAAAAUACAAAAAGGUUUCUGUCUUUGACGGCUGAAUCUGAAGAAACUGUUGGUCCUUCCCAUCAUGAAGAUGAAGACAGCUUCUUCUCAGUGUUUCACACUCAACUCCGUCCAGAAGAUUAUGAAAACCAUACACAGAAUGCCAAUAAGGAUUUUGCCUUCAAUGUGGAAAAAAAUGAGUCAUUGAUCAAAGCAGAAAAGAAGCCUUUCUCAAAUGCAGAGAAGAUUGCACUCAGGGGUGAACAUAGCCGGGAUUUUAUCAAGCGAAACAUCGAGUUGGCCAAGAAUUCAAGAGACCCAGUGGUUCUGAUUGACAGGGAGAAGAAACGACUGGCAGAACUUUUGAGGGACUUAGAUAACAGAGAUUCAGGGCUAUCUAGUUCCGAGGGUGAUCCGUCUGGCUGGUGGGUCCCAGGAGAAGGAUAUACACCUGCGGCCACUCAGCACCAGCAGCUCACUGAAAUUGAUACAAAACUCCAAGAACUCUCUGCAGCCUCUCCAGAAACUUCCAACUUUUCUCCAAGGCUUGAAAAUCAGAAUGACCAGAAUCCUGACCUUAAUGAUGAAAGAAAUAUGGAAAUAACUCCAGGAGAAAAGGUGCUUCGGAACACCAAAGAGCAACGGGAUCAGCAAACCCGACUGAGAGAGAUAGACGAAAAGCUGAGAAAGAUUAAGGAAAAUGUGGUGAGUGGCACUUACUUGCCUUCGGAUGCGAAUGGCUGGUUUGAGAUCUUUGCCAUCAUCCGUUUGGAGAGGGGGAAGGGUACUGAGGGUCCAGAGCAAGUGAGGAAGCUGUGUUUUGAAUUUUAUACCGAGAAUUCUUUGGGAAAGCCAAUCAAGGAGGAAGUAUGGUUUGGAGAUGAAAUAGUGUGGAUGCGCCACCUGUUGGUCACAUCGGCAUGUCUGCACAUGUUCUCUUGUCAGUUGAAACUGGGUACCAGUGCUGUGUUGGCAGGAGGGUGCGGGUUUCCCGGAGGGACCCU